AGCGCCCACUUCGAAUCGGAAAUUAUUCCAAUUUGGAGUGAUUUAGAGUUAAAAUGAGAAUUUUGGCAGUGAGAUGUACAUGAUCCUAUUAACAGAUGCUGUUCUUAAUUUGAUUUCACAAAUUUCGUUCAGUCAUGGGGUCUGUCACACAGUUUGCGUUUGGCGCGGCGGUCGGUGUUGCUCUUUUCAUGGGAGCGAACACAGCUAGACGGUUCUUUUUCCUUCCAAGAACCACAAACCAGACAGAAAGGAGAAAUUCAGCCGACGAUCCUUUGCCAAGAUCUUUGGAACACAUGCAUUCGAUACAAAGUGCAGUGACCCCAGUGCGUAAUUUAUCUGAUACUUCUGAGGCGGAAGGAAAUGCUGUCAUUGACGAUCCAGAAAUAAAACUAGAAGGACAACAUCUAUUGAACCUUUUGUUCAACAUUGCGGAAGAUCAGGCCAGAAGAGAAGGGUACAUUCACCGUGGAAUUACCUGUAACUCUUGCCAAGCAAGUCCGAUUUGUGGAAUACGAUAUAAAUGUUCUAGUUGUGUUGAUUAUGAUGUGUGCGAGCGUUGUGAAGCGAGAGAUGAUCAUAACAAAACUCAUCUGUUUCUGAAGAUCAGAAUUCCAAUGCCUCCUCUCACAAAUCCUAGAGCACCUUGCAUUAAACCUCUCUACCCAGGUAUCAAGGAUCAUCCCUGUGACUUGUCUUGGGAUGACAUUCAAAGUCUCCGUGAGCAAACUUACUUUGAUCAAUCAGAGAUAGAAGCACUUGUUGAACAGUUCAAAACUCUGGCCACUAAGAAAGAGGGAAUUACUCGUGAGGUGUUUGACAAAUGUUUAGGACCCUUGGGACAACACAAGAAUCUUGUCAUGGAUCAGAUGUUUAAAUUUUAUGAUCAAAAUGAUGAUGGUAUCAUUGACAUUGAUGAGUUUGUCAUUGGUUUGUCCAUUCUUGUGAAAGGAAGUGAGAAAGAGAAGAUUUCUUAUGCUUUUGCAGGCUGUGACAUUGAAAAGAAAGAGUACAUUUCUAAAGAGAACCUUAGAAACAUGUUCAAAGCAUACUUUGAAAUAAGCCUUGAACUUGUUCGUGAUGUUGUGAGAUCAUGUGAAGAAGAAAUGAUGGCAUCUUUUGAUGACUCAGGUGACAAGCCAGUAUCUGCAAUAUUUAAUGCUCCUAUUCCUAGUGAUGCAGGGCCAUCCACAGCAAAUGGCAAACCAGUGAUGUUAAUGAACAACCCAGGGAGUAGCACAAGUGCAAAAGGAGUUGAUGGCAGGUCACCAAUAAUGGAGGCUAUGUCACAAGAUGCCAUAGAUGAAAUGGUGAACAAUGUGUUCCAUUGUGCAGAUAAAGACAAAGAUGGCAAGAUUUCUUUUGAAGAAUUUGAAGCAUGGGCAACAUAUGAUAAUACAAUCCUUGCAUGGUUUGAGGCCCUUGGUACAAUUUUUUAGCUCUCAAACUACAGUUGUCAUCUGUUUUAUUUUAAUUUUGUUAAAAGUGUCUGUUCUUCUGAGUUCAUUUAUUUAUUAAAAUUUCAUUUAUAUAUUAAAAUUAUAGACAGUGUUACAGUCUAUUUGUUUUUGUGAUCUUGUUCCACUUAGUUGACCCAAAUUUAGAGUUUAGGUCAAGUGUUAUGAACAUUUUUUGGGUGAAAUCCAACAAUCAAAAAGUUUUGAAAAAAAUAAAAAACUAUAGUUUGCUCUUCACCUCAAAAGUCAUGUAACAUUUUAUUGUGUUACUGUCAGUGGACAUGAAUUUUUUUGGCUUGAAUCAUCUGAAAGUGGACUAUUGUAGCUAAAACAUGUCUUCAGAGGUUUUUUAGCUUUUGUUAGAGCCAGCUAAUGUAUGUUAUAUUGACUAGUU